AUGUCUCUUCCCAAGACGCUCGCACAGAUUCUGUUCGUCGGAACUCAGAUCGUGGGCAAGGCGCUGCUCGAGGCCGGACGACAGGCAGGAAGGAAUGCUCGUGCAGGCCGAGUCGAGGCCGCUGCAGGCGCGGCAGGUGCAGGAUCCGGUUCGGCUGCAUCGCCAUCAGACCAGCUCACAAGGACACAUCGCAUGACGCUCGACGAGGCCAAGUUGAUCCUCAAUCUCAAGCAGGACCUCUCGGCGGCUGGCCUCAGUGGAGGCGAAGGCAAGACUGUGCUCGAGCAGGUGCGCGAGUCCAUGGUCAAGAGCUACGACCAUCUGUUUGCCACCAACGCGCCACCAGCACCAAAAGGACAGAAGGGCGGAGGAGCCGGCUCGUUCUACAUUCAGAGCAAGGUGGUCCGCGCUCGCGAGAGGAUCGAGGCCGAGUGGUCGCUCUUGGAUGCGGCCAAGAAGCCCGAGGCGGAUGCGGCCGAAACACCCGCGAACGCAGCCAACAAGCCCGAGCAGUCCGACAAGUCGCCAUGA